AUGACAUCCCGUAACAGGGUGCGAACAAGUUCUAAUAGUCUGGAUCCAAAUGAAGAUCCUGUGUCGGGGCUAGAACGAGUCAUGUCAAACUCGAAUCUAGAACACGUUGCUCGGCAAAGAAGACGACUAGAGGAAGAGCUGUUAUUCUCAAGGCAAUUGGAUGAUGUUGGUCGAACGGAUAGCCAUGAAGCAUUGUCUGCUAGAUACGAAAGUCUGAACUAUGAAAUAUCUGAGAAUCGACUCUAUAGAGAUGCUGAAAAGAAACCAUCUCACCAGUUAACUCUUUGGCGAAUUUCUCGAAAUCGUUGGUUUGUAUGCUUUUUGAUUGGAGUUUUCACUGGACUCGUCGCUGCAUUUAUUGAUAUUAUGGUACACUACAGUAAAGAUAUCAAAUUUAACUGGAUUCUCAAAUAUUUGCUCUCAAAGUGUGGCGAAGAGCAACGUGGAACGACUGCAGGGUGUAUGUGGACCGUAAUGAUAGCUUGGAUAGGAUAUAAUUGUGUUCUCGUAACUAUAGCUGCAAUCCUUGUGAUUUAUGUAGCUCCGAUUGCUGGAGGUUCUGGAAUUCCUCAAAUAAAGUGUUAUCUUAACGGAAUUGCGAUUCCUGAGGUUGUUCGUCUCAAAACGCUCGUUUCAAAAGCAGUUGGAGUUGCAUGUUCGGUUGGCGGUGGUCUUUGUGCUGGAAAAGAAGGUCCUAUGAUCCAUUCUGGAGCUGCUGUAGGAGCUGGGAUAUCACAGGGAAAAAGUUAUUCCCUUGGAAUCGAUUUCGGACUUUUCCGCGAGUUUAGAAAUGAUCGAGAAAAAAGAGAUUUCGUUUCUGCUGGUGCUGCUGCUGGAGUUGCUGCUGCUUUCGGAGCACCAAUCGGAGGAGUUCUAUUCUCUUUAGAAGAAGGAGCAAGCUUUUGGAAUCAAGCUUUGACAUGGAGAAUGUUUUUCUCUGCAAUGAUCUCUUCAUUCACUGUAAAUUGGAUUCUCAGUUGGUUCAAUGGACGUAGUGGAUGGCUCUCAUGGACAGGUCUCGCGAAUUUCGGAGUUUUCGAAAAUAAGGAUUAUAAUAUUUGGGAAAUUCCUUUGUUUCUUCUCAUUGGAAUAAUUGGAGGCUGUCUUGGAGCUUUAUUCAAUUAUUUAAAUACAAAACUCACCGAGUUCCGUAAAAAAUAUGUGAGCAGCAAACUGGGUCGUUUGUUCGAAUGUCUUCUUGUUGCCGCGGUAUCAGGAUUUCUUGCUUUCCUCACAAUAUUCGCAAUUGACGAUUGUCAGCCGAUAGGAGCGAAUCCUACAGCAACAUCAACACAAAUCAAUCAAAUGUGGUGCAAAAAAGGAGAAUAUUCUGCAGUAGCUUCUUUAUUUUUUCAAAAUCCUGAAGAAAGUGUGAAGAGUAUGUUUCAUAGUCCGAUAAAUUCUUUUGGUGUCACAACUCUUGUUAUUUUUGGAAUUGAAUAUUUCUUGCUCACUCUCUGGACGUUCGGAAUCUCUGUACCUUCUGGUGUCUUCAUUCCAGCUAUUCUUACUGGUGCAGCAUGGGGCCGCCUGUUUGGAAUUUUUGUUGAACGACUUUUCCCUUCGGUUACUGGAAUUGAUCCAGGAAAAUACGCAUUGGCAGGAGCUGCCGCACAACUCGGAGGCGUUGUUCGAAUGACAAUUUCAUUAACAGCUAUUAUAAUGGAAGCAACUAAAGAUAUUACAUUUGGAUUACCUAUUAUGUUGGUGUUGAUGGUAACAAAAUGGGUUGGAGAUAUGUUCAAUGAAGGACUUUAUGAUGCUCAUAUUGAUUUAGCAGAAGUUCCAAUUCUUGGUUGGAAUCCACCAAAGAUGAGCAGAAACAUUUUGGCAGACCGCGUGAUGCGAAAAGAUGUUGUGGCUCUAGAACGGCGAGAAAGAGUAUCCAGAAUCGUUGAAAUUCUUCGUUCCACACUUCAUCAUGGCUUUCCAGUAGUAGAUAGAAUCGAAGAAUCGCCAUACGAAUCACUCCCUGAUUAUGGACGCCUGAAAGGUUAUAUUCUGCGAUCACAACUGUUCAAACUUCUGGAAAAUCGAAUUUUCGAGGAAGAAGGAGCUUCAAACUCUGCACUUCCAAAUGAUUUUUAUGAAUGCCAGGAUGACGACGACCAAAUGAAAUCUGUUGCUGAACUCGGAUUAACAAAUUUCGACGAGUCAUGUUUCCUGGACAUUGAGCCCUACAUGCAUCCUCAUCCGCACCGUGUUCCACUGAACACAUCUCUUCCAUUCAUUUUCCGACUUUUCCGUGGACUUGGACUUCGAUACCUUUUUGUGGUGAACGAUGAUAAUCAUCUUCGUGGUGUGAUUACUAGAAAAGAUGUUGCCAGAUUCCGUGAAAGACGCCGAAACCGCGAGUAUCAUGUUGAUGAACUUUAUAUUUCUGAAUCUUAAAUGUUCUUAUUCUCUUUCAUGUUCUACCAUUGCCAUUUUGAAAACGUGUUUUUUAAGUCAUGGAAAUGCACAGAGAGUUUAAAAAAUAUGUUUGCGUUUAGCAAGAUGUCGUUUGGUCUCUUUUGGGAAAUAAACUGAAAAACUGAAAUUUCGUUUGAAAAAAUAAAUCGCAACACUACGUUGCAAAAUGUGAACUUAUUUUGAAAUUUUCUGUUCAUGUCAUAGACACUUUCUUAACAAUUUUAUUCUGUGAUAAAUCUUAAUCGGUA